AAAAUAGAAUAAAAUUAAAAAAAUAAAAUAAACUCCUACACUCCCGGAAAUAUUGGAGAAAAUGGAGAACGUCGACCAAGAUGCAUUGCCCGCGAUUGUGGAUACGGUUUUGAACCCUUUGUGGACAGCCAUAAUGGGUCUUGUGGUGAUAGCUGUGCUCUUUGAGAUUUGGCUACGUAACACUCGUGAAUAUAAGUUAACAGCAAAUAUGCCAACACCACCCCGGCUUCCUGUUAUUGGUCACGGUCACAUAGUUUUUAAUCUGACAAAUGCAGAAAUCAUGGCUGAGGCUCUCAAGUACAUUAACACACCAGGUUCCAUAGCACGCGGCAUAUUGGGUCCCAUUAUUGCAGUUGCCCUUUGGAAUCCGGUCGACAUAGAAGUCGUUCUUAGCUCCAGCCGCCAUUUGGAAAAAUCCUACGAAUAUAGCUAUUUCAAACCAUGGUUCGGUGAUGGCAUUCUCAUCUCAAGUGGCCAACAUUGGCAACAUCAUCGCAAAAUGAUUGCGCCCACCUUUCAUCAGAGUAUUUUGAAAAGUUUCAUUCCAAAAUUUGUCCAACAUUCGAAGCGACUAGUCGAACGUAUGGCCCAAGAACAGGGCAAGGAAUUUGAUGUGCACAAAUAUAUGUCGCAGGUGACGGUGGAAAUAUUGCUCGCCACUGUUAUGGGUGUGAAGAAAUUGCCCGAACCCAAUAAAUGUCUAGAAUAUGCUGGGGCCGUUAUAGAUAUGUGUGACAUCAUACAAAAGCGUCAAUUGAAAUUCUAUUAUCGUCUGGAUAGCCUUUUUAAGUUUUCCAAAUUGAGCGACAAAAGUCAUCGGUUAUUGAAUAUUAUUUUGAAUAUGACACGGAAAGUUGUAAGCGAUCGCCAGGUGAAUUUUAAUUCUGAUUCGAGGGCCAUAGUGGAGAAUGAAGCCGAGGCUGAGAUCCGUAAACGAGAAACUAAAAAGGCGGAAGGUUUGCGUGACGAUUUGGACGAUAUCGAUGAGAAUGAUGUGGGUGCCAAAAAACGUCUAGCUCUGUUAGAUGCCAUGAUGGAAAUGUCUAAAAAUCCCGAAAUAGAAUGGACUGAAAAGGAUAUUAUCGAUGAGGUCAAUACAAUUAUGUUUGAGGGCCAUGACACCACAUCGGCUGCCUCCAGUUUUGUCCUGUGUAUAUUGGGUAUUUAUCAGGAUAUGCAAGAGAAAGUAUUGGCCGAACAGCGAGCCAUUUUUGGUGAUGACUUCAUGCGUGAUUGUACCUUUGCCGAUACGCUGGAAAUGAAAUAUCUGGAACGUGUAAUAAUGGAAACUUUGCGUUUGUAUCCACCAGUACCAUUGAUUGCUCGUCGUGCUGAAUGUGACAUCAAAUUACCAUCCGGACCAUAUUCUAUACCCAAAGGCACUACAAUUGUCAUUAUGCAAUAUGCCGUGCAUCGUGAUCCCAAAUCUUUUCCUAAUCCAGAAAAAUUUGAUCCCGACAACUUUUUGCCCGAACGUAUAGCUAAACGUCAUUAUUACAGCUUUAUACCCUUUAGUGCUGGGCCACGUAGUUGUGUCGGACGUAAAUUUGCCAUGUUGAAAUUGAAAGUUUUACUCUCAACAAUUUUGAGGAAUUUUGUGGUCAAAUGUAAUCUCAAGGAGGAAGAAUUCCGCAUGCAGGCUGAUAUUAUUUUGAAAAUGGAAAAUGGUUUUAAUAUUAUGCUGACACCACGUACGGAGUCUGCGAAAGCCAUGUAGAGUAAGGUUUUGUAUAAAAUAGCUGUUUAGGAUUAUUAAUGCACUUAAAUAUAUUUUAA